UUGGUUGGACAUCAGAGAGACUUCAGUAUCAAAAAUUCAAGAUAUCAAGUUCACGCUACGCAACGAGAUUAACAAUGAAGACUUUCCUUGUCCUUGUAUUGGUGACUAUGAUUUCUGUGUGGAUCAAUGCUGACAAUAGUGGUAAUGAGGCUCAGGAUUCGUUUGUUUUGAAAGUCUUCAAGAAAAGGCCCUUUACAAUAAGGAAGAUGAGGAGAAUUUUACAUAAUGCAAAACUUAAAGCCCAUGGAUACCAGGUCGAAAAAAACACUAAAGUAAAGAGAACUAGCGAUGGCAGGAGAGAGGACACCGUGAGCCGUUUCUAUUACAAGAGAGUCCCGUGUAGCCAGGCUGGAAAGAUAGAGAAGGAACUUGACGUACUAUUGAAAGGUGUUUUUGGAAAAAAUGUCAAGCGCAAGCUUGACCAAGACUUAAAGAAAGUGAAAAUAACCUCCGGUAGUAUGUGCAAGGUAGGGUUUGAAGUGCGUCGCCGCCGGGGAUUCAGUAACCGCAUGAUAAAAAGAGGAUGGAAAAUAAGAAUCCGUAUAAGAAUCCGUAUUUCAAUAAAGAUAAAAAAGGGUCGCCGGUGAGAUCCAUCUUUCACAUCUGAUUCUUUUCAUUGGAUGAUGAUUAGAUUAGAAAAGACUGACAAAAAUGAAUGUAUUUGUAAUGAGCAUCCAUGAGAAUCUGAUUGAAUAAAUAUCAUUAAACAUG